AUGCAGCCGCUGCUGUCGCAGGUGUCGUACGCUGGCCUCGACGGCUCCGCGUUCUGCUACUACCGCGCCGAGGACGGCGAGGCAAGGGUACUGUUCAUGGACUCGCACCAGGGGUGGUUCACCCAGUCGGCGGACCCGGCGACCGGCCGUUUGGUCGGGAGGGCCGCAACGGCGGCGCCGGCUUGGCCUCACCUGCCCAACACGACGCUGGUCCUCCUCGCUAGCAAGAACGGCUCGCGCGAGUCGCUCGACACCGGGUGGGCGCGCCCCGAGGUCAGGAUGCUCUUCUUCUCGGCACCGGUCGGCGACGCCAGCGUGGUCUCGGCCGCUGUCGCCGUCGACGACGUCGUCCCCCCCCCCCCCCCCCCCGCCUCUCGCGUCGGCUUACCGGACAGCAUGGACGUGUACUACGCGGUCGGCGACAAGGGCGGCGCGCCAGCAACUGCUCUGCUCUGCUCGGUGGAGUGCAUCGCCUCUGCCAUUGACGCGCCCAAGCUCGGCCAGGUUGUCGCGGCGGGCGACGUCAACAAGUACAAGGUCGCGUGCACGAACUUUGACGUCUCCGGGGUUCAACUGGCGUUCCGGCUGGUGCUCCGCACCCGGCUCGACGACGACCCCGACAUGAUCCGAGCGGCGUGCAUCACCGUGCUCUUCUUCGUGUGCGCCCUGGUGGCGGUCGCCGCGGCGGCGUGCGUCCUCGCGGUCCGGGCGCUGCGGCGGGGGGCGGCGCGGGAGGCGGCGCUGAACGCCGACCUGGUCCGGCAGAAGGAGGCGCUGCGGCAGGCGGAGCGCAAGAGCAUGAACAAGAGCAACGCCUUCGCCAGCGCCAGCCACGACAUCCGGUCGGCUCUCGCCGCCAUCUCCGGACUGGUGGAGAUGUCCCGGCCAGAGGCCCAGGCGCAUCCUGCCAUCAUGGACAACCUCAACCAGACGGGCAUCUGCACCAACAAGCUGCUCGAUAUACUGAACUCGAUUCUAGACACGAGCAAGGUGGAGUCAGGGAAGAUGCAGCUGGAGGAGGCCGAGUUCAACAUGGCCGACGUCCUGGAGGAAUCCGCUGACAUGGCCAACGUGACGGGUGUCAGCAAAGGAAUCGAGGUGGUCUGGGAUCCCUGCGAUUUCUCGGUCCUGAAAUGCGCAAAUGUGACCGGGGACUGCAAGCGCCUCAAGCAGAUUCUGGACAACCUGCUCGGCAAUGCCCUCAAGUUCACAGACGAAGGGCACGUCGUUCUCCGGGCCUGGGCGAACCAGCCGAUCGUGGGAAGCUCAAUCAGUGUUCCUUCAAGGUUUGCGUGCCCAAGGUGCAGCGGCGGCAGUUUCUUGGGAUGCUUGUUCAGACCAAGGGGAGAUCGUGAUGAGCAUGAUCCGCUAGAUGCUGUGCAGAAUGACCCCAAUUUAGUCGAGUUUUACUUUGAAGUGGCUGACACCGGCAUAGGGAUCCCCAGGGAGAAGAGGGAGUCUGUGUUUGAGAACUAUGUUCAGGUAAAAGAUGGUCAAGGAGGCACCGGCUUGGGGCUCGGAAUCGUGCAAUCAUUUGUUCGUCUGAUGGGAGGAGAGAUUUGCAUCAAGGACAAAGAGCCCGGGGAACGAGGAACAUGUUUCGCGUUCAACGUGCUUCUGAAGAUGGGUGAGAGGCAAGAACCUCAAGACAUCGAAGAAGGAACGUCAGCCCCAUCAGACACACUGAAUGAUUCCACUUUCAGAGCCUCAGUGUUUCAAGAGGCCAACAGCUUUAAGGGUGAGCAUUGCGUUCUUUAUGUUCAAGGGGAUGAAACCCGGAGGAUCUUGCAAACUUGGAUGGAGAACAUUGGGGUGAAAGUUUGGCUGAUCCCGCAAGCCGAGUUCAUCUCCUCGACGUUGGAGAAGGUGCAACGCAUUAGCAUGUCCCCUGCAAGGGCGUCAUCGCCUACCGUCGAUCACAACACGGCAGACCGGUGCUUCAGCUCGAAGGACAUGGUCAACCAAGUCUUGCCAAUGGCGUUGAGGAACAGUAAUGACCCCAAGAAGAGCAGCUUUGGAGGGCAUCCUUCUGGUAUCCUUGUUAUCAUUGAUGUGGCCAAUGGAGGAUCGGAGGGCAUUUGUCCGGAUAUUGUUAAAUUUCUCAGAAUCAAACAUCAGACUCCAUGCAAAGUUGUUUUCUUGUCCGAUAUAAAGACCUCUUCUGAUGAUUUGAGGAAGUUCAUGGGGCUGAGCUGUGAUCUUGUCCUGCGAAAGCCGAUGCACGGGUCUCGCUUGUAUGCUCUACUUUGGACCUUGAGAGAUCUUCAAACCUCAUACAUGCAAAAUUCUUCACAAGUUGGUGCUGAGAUUGCUGGGACAAGUCAUCAGCAAGAUUUACCAGGGAUUGGUCUUCAUUGUGCGCAGGAAACUGCUGCGUCAACUGAAGUUGCAUGCGUGGCUCAGGAACAGAAAACUGAAGAUGAUAAGCCACUGUCUGGGAUGCAUGUCUUGCUAGCUGAAGACACUUCAGUGCUGCAGACCAUCCAAAGGAAAAUGCUGAACCAACUAGGAGCAACUGUCAAAGUAGCAGACGACGGAUCUGAGGCUGUGAAAUUGUUCAAACAAGCUCUCGAGCAAGCCAGUGUUUCAGAAGAGGAUACAGUACACUUGCCGUACCAAGCUAUCUUCAUGGAUUGCCAGAUGCCCAUAAUGGAUGGCUAUGAAGCAACGAAACUCAUUCGCGAGGAAGAAAGCCGUUACGGAAUCCACACUCCGAUCAUCGCAUUGACCGCUCAUGACAUGGAGGAGGAUCUGCAGAAGGCUAUUCUUGCGGGGAUGGAUCUGCAUCUGAUGAAGCCAAUAGAAAGGAGGAGGAUAGUAGAAGCUGUUUUCCGUAUCUGUAAACGUAAGGAUUGAUGGUAUACAUUUCCUCAUCGCAUGAAGAACUCAAGAGUGAGCGGUUUCAUUGAGUAGGAUGAUGAUCGCAGCAUCUAU